ACCCAUCAUGCUUAUACUUGAACUCAGGUUGGGCGAGGACAAAAGCGAAAGAAGCUAGACCUGUUAAUGGACUUUGAAUCCAAACCAAACGCUAUUUUGCCGCCAUUGAAUAGGACCGAACGGGCACGCACGUCUGCGCCAGACUAAGUUGGGCGGAAGAUCGGGACACUGCAGUAUCCAGCGAGUUUGAAAAUUUUUGAGAUAGUUCUGGAUUAGGGCAAACGUCAUCUCCCCAAGAUGGAUAAUAUUUGGAAGAAAGCCAUCUUUAUCCUUCUAGUGAGCUGGAUUUCAUUUAAAGACUGUGAUGGACAGGAAGUUACAGCUCCCGACAGCACGACAUUUUGGAUGGAUGACGGGUCUGACUCCCUCUCUUGUCGCGUGAUGGGAAGCCCACCACAAGUCACGUGGAGUAUUGGGGCGGAUAAUCUUCUUGCGAGCUGGACCGAAAAUGAUGGAGUCACAUUGCCUAAAACUGGCGGGAAAUACAACAUGACUGUGGACGGGCAGGAAUUUGAUUUGUUAAUUGAUAACAUAUCUCUCUCAGAUGCUCAAAGUUACACGUGUGCCGCUGUGGGAGAUGGUUCGGUGAACUUUGAUGUAGUGGAAGUAAAAGUUUACCGUGAGGCUAGCGAGCCAGAAAUUGAAGAAUGUCCGACGAACAACGAAGUCGAUGAUGACUGCCGUAUUGACGUCGCCAACGAAACAAUCAUGACGAACCUGACAUGCAGCGUCAAGCAUUUCUUCCCUAAUGUGACGAUCACGUGGUCUUCGACUGGCGGCCCCAUCGAUCCAAUCAACAUCGACUGGCAGCUUGGUGAUGAAGGGUGCUACUGUGCGUCCGUUACGAUCGAGACCAGUCCGCAAGACGACGCGUACGUCUGCACUGUGACCGGGAAAGCCCUCCGCGAUGAGAGCACGAAAUCAUUACGAGCUUUGGUGCGGGUCUACGAGGAUGGGGUGAAACCCACCACGAGAGACCCGGAUGGUGAUGAUGGUGGCGACGGUGGUUCAGAUAAUAUCGGUAUGAUCGUGGGCAUCGUCAUCGGGUGCGUAUUCCUUGUCAUCAUCGUAAUCUUCAUCAUCUACGCUGUGAGAGUUAAGAAGCGUGAACAAGCUGUGAAGGGAGGUAAAAAUUACAAAUACACGAAACAUGCUAAACAAGCUGCGACCACGGAGGAAGAUGACGAACGAAGAGCGGGCGAAUCAAGGACAACAACUGGAAAAGACUGGAGCCCGGAAACGAAAGACAGCGAUGGUGGUGGUGGUGGCGGUGAAAGUGGCAGUGGUGGUGGUGGAGGUGGUGGUGGUGGAUCGAGUCAUGAUGAUGGAGGUGGCAAUGAUGAUUGAUGGUCGAAAUGAACAAAAAACAUAAUUUUCUCAUUUAUAAUCGCAGGCAUUCUUUUAUCAAACGUCGAUGCAUGUCUCUUAAAAUGUGAAAGAAGGAAAAUGGUAUAGUAAUGUAUCUUUAUAAAUGAAACAAAAGUUGUCCCCCGAAAAGCAACAUCAGACUGACGGUUCAAAUGGUAUGUGACGUUUCUCGUUCCGUCUUCAUUUCAUUUAUUUCCAUUAAAAACAUAAGUAAAACAAAUACAUGCAAGAGAAAGGGUUAUAAAUAUUAAGUAUGUUUGUUUUUUCCAUUACGGCUUGAAGUCGAACCCGUAGCCAGGACGGGGGGGGGGGGGGGUCGAACGAAACCCCUAAAAUCGUCAAAAUUAAGAAAAUAUGGGAUGGAAAGGAGAACAGAAAAGAAAGGAGAAGAGAUCGAACCCUGUAAUCGAAAACAAUGGCUACGGGUCUUUGAUUCUUUUCUUAUAGUUUAAAGAUACAUGCCUCUUUGAUUGAUAAAAUAAUGCCUUAAAAAAUUCCCAGCUCUCUAAGAAGCAUAUAUAAGUAGCUAUACUACCCGAAAUUUGCCAAGUUUGUUUAUUCAAAGCCCUUUAUUGCCCUUUCCUUUCACUUCGGUGCCUGCCAGUGAAUUAGUAGUAUAUAUUUCGAAUUCCACUCAGUAUUGUUAGCGAUAAAAAUGUUUUGUUUGACUAAUGCUCACAUGCACAAGGCAAGCCACAAGAGGACCAAUCAUUGAUGUUAAUAUGUCACCCAAAUGACGCCCGUGUGCUUUGGUCACUAGGGCAAGUUUGUAAGUAGGUUUAAAUAGUUCUUAGGUCAGAAAUGUUUUGAUGAAACUGAUGCAAUUCAAUUGAUUAUAAGAUACUGUACGAAAUUUAACUCAGAGCAGCUGAUUUGGUGUUUUUGUAAUUUUUUUAAAGAUAAGAUUUUGCUCAUAAAAUAUGCUUGUGCGACACUGAGAUUUUAGAGGGUGUGACAUCUUGGUGAUAUUUUGGUAUGGAAAAUUUGAUAAUCCGGGGCGUACACAUCUUUAAAAGUAACAUUAUCCAACAAAGUGAGUUGGCUGCAGCUUCCACGAUCCUUGCAAUGAGAUAUCAUAAUUUUUCUAUCAAUUGUAAUUAUGAUUAUAGUUAGUGUAUUUAUCAUAACAGUGCGCCUCGGAAUAAAUUGUUUCUAUGUAGAUGGCGCUAUAUAUUUAUGUCUAUUAUUUUGUUUAUUCAGUUUUGAAGAAAUAUUUUGGAGUAGCUAGAUUCAGAAGAGCUGGAAUGUAAAUACCAUUUUUUAAGGGGUGUACUCAUUUCUGUUGGACAUCGUCUAUCUACAAUUUACCAAAUUUUCAGAUUUUUUGUUAUUGUAAGCAAUAAAAAAAAAAGAAUUGUUAAAUGUUAUAGCCCUGACUCUUCUUCAGCAGUUCAGCCGAGCUCGCUUUCUAUAUAGCGCCCUCUAAAUGUCGUGACGCACAUACUUUAACAAAUAAAUUGUUGGUUAUUAGCAAACACAAACGUGAUAAAUAUAAAGGCAAAAUGAAAGAUGUUUUGCAUUAGCGGAUGAUAAAGAUAGAGAGAGUGUGUUAAGUUGCGCGUGCGCGUGUGGGUGCGUGAGAGAGAAGACGGUGUGCGUACCCUAUUUUGUGAGUUUAUUUAAAUCUGCUUUGCUGUCCAGUAGAUUUUGUCAUAUAUGAUUUACUAUUUGUUUUCCUUUCAAAAUAACGAUAAGAGUUUGAAUUGACCCAUGUCGGUCGCAAAUCUUAUAGAGCAAACGGAUAUGUUCUCAAGAUCAGGAUAAUAAGAUAAUGAUUUCUUUUUGUAGAAAAAACACUAUUUUUUUCUUAAAAAUAUUCAUGUUUAUGACUGUGAUUACUUUCUUGCUGUCGCUUUUUAUGUUUGGUUGUUGUCAUCUACUUUUCAUCAGUUUUGGGUGUCAUCAAAUUUUUGUACUUCGUGUAUUUUGUCGCCUUUACGAUAAACCUUUCCUACUAUUAUUACAUUUUAGUUCAAUUGAGUUUCAUUCUAUAAACUGUUUGAACAUUCAUUACUCAAUAUUGAUUCUACCAAACUAUUUUUGAAAAGGAUCUUUCAUUAAGUAAUAUUUGUAGUUAGACCCAUAUUCGGUUCAUUGUUUAAUUACUUUCAAUUCGUUCCACGGAUGAAUUUCAAAAUGAAUAAGAUAUUAAAUAGUAAAAGGAAAGUGUCGCUGUUUAUUGCUUUAUGUUUUGUGCCGGCCGGGUUUUGUGUUGUUCGAAUUGUUUAUAUAAGGGAAGGCAGAAACACACGCACACACACCCACACACACUAAGAAGUAGGGGUGCAAGAAAGGUGCAACUUUGCAGGAAAAGGAGCACCUUUCACUUGCCACCGCGCAUGCGCAGGCCUGCGGCGGGUGAUUGGGGUGCAAAUUUGAACCUCGCGUAUAGUCUAGGUUCCUUUCACACUCGAUCCUUAUUAAAAUGCUCGCAAAGCUAAACCUGCUCGGCAAUGAAAAAUACACUUUGUCUUGUUUGUGCGUCUAGCAUGUCUAGUAAACGUGUAAUGGCAAUAAAACUGUAUUUUUACUUGCGGAAUUGCUCCUAAAUAAUGUCGUAUAGAGUUGAUCUGUUUAUAGGGUCUGGGAACAAUCUAUGCUGACAUCGUACGUGUUGAGGGGUCUGUGAAAUAACAAAAUAAUUGCAUAAUUCGAAUACUAUGAACAUGUUAUGCUUGUCAUGACUGUUUUGGGAAAAGUGAUUGUUAGAAAAGUGGGAUAAGCAUUAUUAUAUUAUAUUAUUAAGUUUUAUAUGGAGAAUCAGGUCAUUUGGUAAAGAUAGUAAUUUUAGUGACUGUUUCAAUAAGCUUUUUGUAAAUCCUUAUAUAUGGAGAACCAAACGUUGCAAUUAUAGGUGUGUUACCCCCACACACGAUCCACCAUUUCUUUCCUGUUUGUGCCAAUUAUUGCGGUAUUAAAAAUUAAUCACUCUGAUUAUGUGCAGUUGCAGAAGAAUUCCGUAACCGCCUGCAAAUUUGGCCAACCAGAUGUAGUGGACGGCCAGAUACGGUGGUAUCCUGAUAGGAAAACUGAGGCAAGUUGAUUCCGCGGCCGAUUAGAUGUCACACUGGGUGCACCCUUACGGUGCAACUUUGUUUCCUUUUGAAAAGGUACAACUUUGUACUUUUCUUGAAGGUGCAAAUAAUAACCUUUGCACCUUUCAGAGAGAUGCAAAGUUGUGUCUUUGCAUCUUGGAGGUGCUUCCAAUGUGACAGCUGGUCAAAGUUGAACCUAUUUUUCUUAUUGUGUAAGUUGUAGUUCUCUCUAAAUACAAUCUAAUCCCUAAUAACACUCCACUUGGAGUGAUACUGGGGACCAAUUCCUUUGGAGUGAAAUGUAUAUUCUUAUGGAGUGAAUUAUGACCCCCUUUUGCAGUGAACUACAAGGAGUGGCACAUGCAAUUCACUCCAAAGGAAUUGGUCCCUAGUAUCACUCCAUCAGGAGUGUUAUCGGGGACAAGAUUAGUUAUUUUGCAUUUAAAGAGUAGUACUAGUAAGUCGUUUACCCCUCUUCUCUCUUUUUUCUCUCUCUUCCUCUUAGUUUCAUGAAUAAAUCUUCUUGAACUUAAAACACUGA